GAGAGAGAGAGUGAGUGAGAGGCAAGUUUCACAGCGCAAUGCAAACAUAAAUGGGGCGAAGAGAGAGAGAGAGAGAGAGAGCGCGUGUGUGAGAGGCAAUUUUCACAGCGCAAUGCAAACAUGUGCGCAAAACUCCACGCGCUCGCUCACGGAAAUAAGCGCGUUCGCGCGCGGAUAACAGCUAGUUUACAGUGUCUCUCUCUCUCUCUCUCUCUCUCUUCUCAGCUCUUCGCCUACGUCCGCUCCGCUCUUCCCCCUAACGGCUAGUUUGCAAAUCUCUCUCUCUCUCUCUCUCUCUCUCUCUUCUCAGCGCUUCCCCUCGUUAAAUAGGACGAUUCCUCCACACUCUCUCGCUCAUCUUCCUCAUUCAGUUUUUUCUUUGACAACAUGGGUACCUCCUCCUCGCUUCCGGCCUUCUAAAUUCUCCUCCUCCUCGCUUCCGCAGCCUUCUAAAUUCAGCGAUCGCUCUCCUCCUCCUCGCUUCCGGCAGCCUUCUAAAUCCGGCUAUUGCUCUUCUCCUCGCUUCCGGCGGCCUUCCAAAUCCGUCGAUUUCUCUCCUCCUCCUCGCAGGAAAAUCGCUAUUCUAUCUCUCAAACUAUGCGGAACGCUCCUUCUCCUCGUUCCAGGCAUUAUAAAUCCCAUGAUAAUAUGCGGAGCGAUCCUCGUCCUCCUCGUCUCAGUCAUAAUUCUUCAUCGGCCAAAUCUCCUCCUAGGAUGCUCAGAUCUCGGUCUCAAUUUUUUCAUGUCGGCCCCAAUGUCCCAGUAGGCAACUCUACUUACGCCGUAGCGAAGAAAGUUCAGAUGGUGGACAAGGAUCCGGAGAAGACAAUUCCACUACUGUGGGCGGCCAUUAAUGCUGGGGAUAGAGUGGACAGUGCGCUGAAAGAUAUGGCAAUUGCAAUGAAACAGCAGAACAGGGCAGAGGAAGCCAUUGAAGCCAUUAAAUCCCUGAGAUACAGAUGCUCUGAUGAAGCCCAAGAGUCUCUUGACAACAUACUUCUGGAUCUUUACAAGGCAUGUGGAAGGCUGGAUGACCAAAUAGCUCUCUUGAGGCACAAGUUGGAUCUCCUUUAUCAAGGGAAGGCUUUCAAUGGGAAGCCCACCAAGAUUGCCCGUUCCCGAGGCAAGAGAUUGCAGAUCUCUGUUGACCAAGAAAUAAUUCGCUUACAGGGGAACUUGGGAUGGGCGUUGAUGCAGCAGAAGAAGUGCUUAGAAGCAGAGGUGGCCUACCGCCAGGCCAUUUUUCUUGCGCCAAAUAACAAUAAUCAGAUGUGCAAUCUGGCCAUGUGUCUAAUGAAACAGGGGAAGAUCGCCGCAGCCAAAAAGACCCUCCAGCAGGUGAAUCCCACCGUGGCAGGCUUGGACUCUCCCCUCAGAUCCUUCCAGAGUGCACAACAGUUGCUCGAGGACAUCGAGUCCGGCAGAGAAACCUUGCCUCCUCCUCCUCCUCGAUGGCAGCAACACACACUAGAAGAGGAGAAACACGGAAUUCUCAUCCUUAUGUUAGACAUCUUCACUGGUUUGAAAAGGUUGCACCAAUAAGAUUUCAAUUUGAGUUCUCCCUGUGUUGUUAAACUCUCAACAACAUGUGAGAGAGAGAGAUUCACGAAUCCUCUUGUUCCAAGUCUUUUGUUUUUCUCUUUUCCUCUAGUAAGUGACGAGUACUGUUGCAGCACCUUUCAAACAUUUCAUUUCUAGUGAAGAACCAAUAGCUGUCAACUACUACUACUACUUUUUGUCUAUCAUCUUGUGCAUCAUCCUGUUUUAACCAUUUUUUCCAUGC